AUGGCGACAUCCCAAAGUAAAGACCUGCCCUCUUCCUCAUACUUCUCUGCAUUCGCGGCAAACUAUCUUCAACAAACCGGCAGAAGCACAUACCGUGCCCUUGACUUGGCUUUCGAUAGUAUUCAAGCCACAAAGCCUAUCACCAAAGACUCGGUGGUUCAUGAUAAUGCUGCCGGUCCGGGAAUAGCAGCCUUAGUUCUUGUUGACAGACUCGCGCCUGAUGAGCUGCCCCAGAUUGUGGUCACGGAUAAUGUACCUCCCAUGGUCCAAGCCGCUAAGGACUCUUUCACUUCGCUCUCACAGAUUGAAGCGAGGGUUCUUGACUCUCAGAAUCUGGAGGGAGUUCCAGAAGAGCACUUCACACACAUUAUCCUCAACUUCAGUGUUUACACGCUGGCCGACCCCGUCAGGGGCGUCAAGGAGAUCUACCGCACGCUCCAGCCUGACGGCCUAGCCGUCAUCUCUUGCUGGAAACGCUUCGGUGUUGGAGAACUUAUCCACGCUGCCCAAGCCAUUGUCCGACCAGACCUUGCACCUUUGAAAAUGCCCCAUCCUGAAUUCUUCAAACCGGGUGUUCUGGAAAAGACGGCGAUCGAAGCUGGGUUUGACUCUUCCAACUUCAAACUUGUAGAGGACAGUAUCGUCGUUAGUGGAACUGAACUGGAAGAUGGGCUGAAACAGUUCAUGCUCGGAGAACUGAUGCGUCCUGCUCGGGCGGGAUAUACUGAUGAGGAGGAGAGGAAGUGGCCAGAGGCUGUUGAUGAGGUACUUAAGAAGGAAGUCGAAUCUCAUGGGGGGAUCAGAUUUGAAAGCUGGGUUCUUCUAGCUCAGAAGUAG